CUCUUUCCGGUUCCACAGGUUUCAGAAGUGGAGGAACUUCUGAUUGCGUCAGACACCCUUAACUUUUCGUUAACAUACCACAUUUUCCUUAUUAGUAUUUCAUAUCCUCAGACAUUUUUUGUGUUUUUAAGUGGACUUUUUAAAGGUUGCUGCUGAGAUUGAGUAAGAAUAUAAGAGUAUAAGAAGUUUGUGGCAGAAGACAGUAGAGAAACCUUUCUCUAGGUAAAGAUAGCUGCUGAAGCUUGGGAUGAAUUUGGCCGCUCGUUGACUGACAGGGUUAAGGAUAUCUAAUAGUGCUCCAUCAUGUGGACAGACAAACAAAGAGGACUCAGAGUCUCUCAGGAGGAGCUGCUUUGUAAGAACGCCUGUGGGUAUUAUGGAAACCCAGCAUGGAAAGGCUUCUGCUCCAAGUGCUGGCGAGAGAGAUCACGCCCACCUGGAUCACAAAGACAAACAAGACCCAGCAGUGAUGAAGCCCCUCCCACGUUCUCCAAAUUUGAGGAGAAGAAAAACACAGAGAAGGGUCGGCGGAUAAGCACUGUGAGGAAGCUGUUCUGGGGCAGUGCUUCACCUCCCAAACCUCAAGAGACCUCAGAAAGCCACACAAAGAUGUUAAAAGCCUACGAGAACCUUGAACCCGGAGACUUCACCGGUUUUCUAAAGAUACUGCGGAGUCCAUCUUCUCAGCGUCUGCAGUCCCGCUGUAUCGCUUUCCUCAACACAAUGGAGGCUUAUCAUGAUCUGCCGAUACAGAAGCAGUCAGACCUUGUGCAGGAGUUCUAUCAGUCUUUUGCUGAAUAUUUUAGAAGUUUUCCUGAGGCUCAGGUCACUCAGAUAAUGGAGCACGUAGAGAAGCUCAUAAUGACUCGGUUGCACAAAUGGGUUUUUUGCCACGACAGCUGUGACGAUGAACAGAAGGACCUGGCUCUUCAGAGGCGAAUACGCUCCUUAAAUUGGGUCACCCCACAGAUGCUCGGUGUACCUUUUCCAGAUGAAAACACUCCAGUCACGGGCGACCCUUUCAUGCCUGCCAUAACAGCCAUUAUUGAAAUGGAUGCCAAGCGAGCGCCGCAGGACAAGCUUGCCUGUGUGUCCAAAUGCAGUCAGCAUAUCUUUGAGGCGCUCUCCACCUCCAACAAUGAGCCUGCUAAUGCUGACGACUUCCUGACCAGCCUGGUGUAUGUGGUGCUGAAAGCCAACCCACCUCGCCUCCACUCUAACAUGCAGUACAUGAUCCGUUUUGGCCUCCCUCACAGCCUCAUGGCUGGAGAGAGUGGCUACUAUUUCACAAACCUGUCCUGUGCGGUGGCCUUCAUUGAGAAGUUGGAUGGAUCAGCGCUCAACCUCAGUCCAGAAGAGUUCGAAGGCUACAUGCGAGGUCAGCGUGCUCCUGCAGCCUUAACCAAGAGGCACCAGGUGGCCAAUGACACACAGAAGCUGUGUGAAGAGCUGCAAGGAAGGCAACAGAAGCUGCACCAAGGUGUGGUUGCUCUCACCAUGGAGCUGCAGAAGUGGGUUCAUGUUGUUCAUUCACAGCUGGAUGAGGCAACAAGCCAGUUCGAUAAGGUACAGAAGGAAAUAACAGCUCAGGCUGAGGCCUCUCAGGUGAUGUCUUCUUUAGCUCAGGAUGGAUCCCAGGAAAAGGUGAAGGAACAGCAGCCUGUGCUCCUGCCUAAUGAUAACUGUCAAGCUCCAAAACAAACAGCUUGUUAGCUUAGGUAUCAGAAAACCCUGGUGUGGUACUUAAUACACAGCACUAACAGACACAGGCUGCUGCACAAACAACCCCUAAAUUCCACUGCCAGAUUUGCACAAGUUUCAAAACAAAGAGGGGAUUCAUAAGCUGAAAAAAUGAGGAUGAAGGAAGACCUCCAGAAGGAAACUUAGGGCAUCUUUAUGCUGGGGCAUCUGAAGGGCUUACAUACCUUUAUCAAUAUUUUCACUUAUAUUAUAGUUCAGGAGGAUAUUGAACCACAUUCCAGCUUAGUUUAUAAAAUAUAUUGAUGUACAGGCACUACUCAAAACACAAUUGAAGGUGCUAAGCACAAAAUAUUUCCAUUAUAUUGUAUACUGCUAUGACUUUAUGGUGACCGGUUAAAAAUGUGAACUAGUAUCAACCACUACAGGUUUACCAGGGGUGUUUCUAAAGAAGUUUCUCUGAGUUGUCUAACUUAUGAAAUGUUACGGUUUUGUGAAACACCAUUUGUAACAUGUUUGCAGCUGUGAUAGUGUACAAAAGAUGUUUACAGGUAUUGAACGAUUUAUGAAGAAAAUUAAAGAUUUAUAUUUUUGUCCAGUUACUGAAUCAAAUAUGAGAUUAAAGCUGACUGAUUUGUGAUGUA